AUGUCGCUUCACGAUCGCUCGGACGACAAGAUGGACGUCAAAGGCGACGGCGUCACCAACGACGUGGUGGAUGUAGACUCGAUGGAGUACGGCUCGCAAAACUUCAAGAACAAUGAGAAGGCAGUCGCCACCGAGACCACGCUCAUCCGAGGCAACGAGGUUGUGCUGAUCCCUCAGCCAACCAACGACCCUCAUGACCCACUCAACAUGCCCGAGUGGCGCAAGUGGGCGACCUUGGUGGUGUUGGGUCUCUUUUCGAUCUUCAGUGUGCUGCUUUCGUCUGGCAUGGGUGCCUUUGUCGGCCUCAUGUUCAAAGAGUACCGCGGCAGUCCACGCGUCUCGGAUCUGCUUGUCUACCCGACCCUCUUCAUGGGUCUUGGAAACGUGAUUGGUAUCCCAGCCGCCAUCGCAAUCGGUCGUCGCCCAGUGCUCAUCUUCUCGUCGCUACUGCUGGCCUUCACUUCGCUGGGCUGUGGUCUCAGUCAAUCCUUCAACACGCACUUCAUCGUUCGUGCGUUCAUGUCCCUCGCUGCAGGACAGUCCGAAGCGCUGUGCCCCAUGAUCAUUCAAGAGAUCAACUUCCUCCACGUUCGCGGCAACCGCAUGGCCGUCUUCUCCGGCAUGCAGACCAUUGGCUUCUCCGUCAUGAUGAUUGCCACAGGCCACAUCACCGACAAUCUCGGAUGGAGGUGGUGGUACUAUAUCACCGCCAUCGUUUCGCUCGUGGUCGCCAUCCUGUGCAUUGUGCUUGUUCCCGAAUCGAGAUACGAGCGUGCUGAAGGAGCAAUGGUGCCAUCCGAAGACAUCAACGCCAGCGUCUCCAUCUUUUACACCGACAAGCGCAAGCCCGUACUCGAUACCGCCACCUACGGCGAAUACACCUACUGGUCGACACUGCGCGUCUUCACGGGACGAACCAAGUUUAGCGAGGCCGCGCGAUGCCUGUGGUCGGCGGUGCGCGUGUUGCUCUACCCCAACAUCUUCUGGUUGAUGCUCAUGAACUCGCUCUCGCUCUCUGCGUACAUCGUCAUGACCACCGAGUUUGCUAGCGCACUCGGAGCGCCACCCUACAGGUUCAGCUACGAGGCCAUCGGCUACGUUCUGUCCGCCCAGCUCAUCACCGCGCUCUUCUUCGUUCCUCUGCAGGGCUUGGGUGGAGACUGGCUGGUCAAGAAGCUCGCCAAGCGAAACAAUGGACAGACGCGGCCCGAACACCGUCUCAUCCCGCUCAUCAUGCCCGUUGGACUGGCGGUCGCGUGCUGCAUCAUCUUUGGCCGCACCUUGGCAGACCCCAACUCGUGGCACUGGACUGGCAUUGCAAUUCCUAUGAACGCCAUCUACUUUACCUUUACGGCGGUCAUCCUUAGCUCGUACACGUACUCGAUCGACGCUUACCCGGAGCGUGCGGGAGCCAUUCUGCUUCUGUACUGCUCGUCGCGAGGCAUUGUCAGCUUCGGUGUAUCGCUCUCCACCGUCGACUUCCUCCAAAAGGCCGGACCGCGUGGUGCGUUCAACGUGCUCGCAAUUCUCUUUGGUGUGGUCUCUGCGUUUGGCAUCCCCUUCUACUUUUUCGGACCCGCAGUGCGCCGCCUCACUGCACGCUACUAG